AUGCCUUCUUCUUCACAGGGUUUCAAUCACCUCUAUAUAUCAUCAUCAGUCUGCAGUCAGGGAAGUCACAUACUCACAUCCUGCCUGAUUCUAAACCCUAAGGCAGAAUCAACAGUGAUCCUGGAAUACAUUGAAGAAACCUGGCCACAAAAUCCAUUGCUUCCGAGUGAUUCCCACGAGAGGGCCAUCGCUCGAUUCUGGAUGAAAUUUGUGGAGGAUAAGAGUCCAAUAUUUGGGGCAUUCUAUGUGACUGUUGGUGAGGAACAAAAGAAAGCAGUAGAAGAAGCCAAACAACAGCUGAAGAUCGUAGAAGAGCAUGGUCUUGGUGACAAGAAAUUUUUCUGUGGGAACAACAUAGGACUGACAGAUAUAGCCUUUGGAUGGAUGGCUGUCUGGAAUGACGUAAUUGAAGAGACGGCGGGAGUAAGAAUUAUGGAAGCAAAUGAAUUUCCUCGCCUACAUGCUUGGGUUAAGAACUUUAAGGAACAUCCCGUUUUAAAAGAUAAUCUUCCAGAUCGAAACAAAAUGUUGGUGUACUACAAGCACAAAAGAGACAUAUUGCUUGCAAGGACAUAG